AUGGCGCAUCGUUUGGAGAGGUGGGACAACUUGGAGGAGGAGGAGGAGGAGGAGGAGGAGGAGGAGGAGGAGCAUUAUAGGCCUACAGCUGUUUUGCGGCGGCAACAUGUUCUCCGUGAGCGAUUAAAUCCCUUGGACAAAUAUGAUGAUGUAGAUUUACACUCACGCUUUCGUUUUCCACGAGCGGAGAUACAGCGCAUUACUGACCUGCUGGCAGCUGACCUGCAACACCAAACAGACAGAAACGGUGCCCUCAGUUCCUCCCUACAAGUGUGUCUGGCUCUACGUUAUUUUGCCACGGGCUCCUUUCAAAACUUGGUGGGUGACUCCAUUCAAGUCCACAAAUCCACUGUAUGUCGAGCCAUAAGAUCGGUCACACUCUCGUUGUGUCAGCGCUUCAAUGACUACGUUAAGUUUCCGACUCAGCCUGAGCAACAGAAUUUAACGCGUCAGAAGCUCCAUCAGAUCGCUGGGUUCCCCGACCUACAGGGCUGUGUAGAUGGCACGCACGUCAGGAUCAAGGGACCCAAAAACAACGAGAACGACUUUGUGAACAGGAAGGGAUACUACUCAAUUAAUACACAAAUUGUAUGUGAUGCUGACCUCAUCAUCACAAAUGCUGUUAUCAAAUGGCCAGGAGCAAAGCACGACAGCUUCAUACUCAGACAGUCCAGCCUUUGGAGAGAUUUUGAGGCAGGAAGAUACCCCGGGAGGUUGCUGGGAGACUCAGGAUAUCCCCUGAGAAAAUGGUUAAUGACCCCGUACCUAAGCCCAGCAAGUGUCAGUGAGCAGCGCUAUAAUUCAGCUCACACUAAGACGAGGAAUGUGGUGGAGCGGUGCAUAGGUGUCCUGAAGAACCGAUGGGCCUGUUUGCAAAGAGGUUUCAUUCAAACAUAA